GGCACAGUCAUAGGGAAGGGAAGAGCCGCGGCCAUUCGCAACUGCCAAGCAGUGCAAAGGCCCGUUUUGCGAUGGAGAAGUCGGCCAAGACGGCUGAAAAGCCAGACGCCAAGGAGGAGAAGAAAGACAACGGUGAUGCCCGGAAGAACCUCGCCAAGACGAACAGUAAGACAGAGAACAGGGAAGACACCAAGGCGGACACCAAGGCAGACACCAAGGCGGACACCAAGGCGGACGCCAAGGCGGACACCAAGGCGGACACCAAGGCGGAGACCAAGGCGGAGACCAAGGCGGAGACCAAGGCGGAAGCCAAGAAGGCGGAGAGUAAGAAGACAAUGAUGUCAGCAGUGGAGGAAGCCUUCAAGAAGUGGGAUAUCACUGGGGACGGGGCCAUUAGCAAGUACGAGCUCCACGCUGCCUUGACGCAGUUGGGCAUGUCUGAAGCCCAGGUUGACGCGUGCUUCAAAUCUGCCGACAUCAGCAGAGAUGGCGUCCUGCAGUACGAGGAAUUUCUGGAUUGGGUCUUUCGAGACCCUACCGUGGUGCAGCAGUACUGCCUCAAAUCUGCGAAGGAAGGCCUUCACGUUGUGACAGCAGAUGCCUGUCAGGAUGUUUGGAAGAGAUUCUCGGAGCCAGAGGACAACAUCGAGAAGGUCUUUUUUGCCGCUAUGGUCGUCCUGAAUGAGGAUCGCGACCUGAGCUGGACAGGUGUGAAGCAUAUCAUGAAGAAGCCGACGGACUUCCUCGCCAAGCUUCACAGCUUCGAACCCCAAAACAUGUCAGAGGCGACCAUGCGGAAGUUGAAGUACUUUACCACCAAGGACUUCUUCAAGCAGGAGCGCUUCAAGUCGCACCAUCCCGUGGUGUCCGCGCUAUGCAACUGGGCCCUUGCCAUUUCCGCCUUGGACCUCAAGAAGGAUGGCAGGAAGCACUAGGCGAUUGGCAAGGAAGUUCACGGGUGACCACCGGCUUCCUGAGCAUUUUGCACCUCGCGCGGUUUCACGCGAGGGAUUGGACCUUGGGAAAAAACGAGUUCCGCC